CGGUCAUGUGAUCAGCUGUGUCCAAUCACAGCUGAUCACGUGGGACAUGUACACAGAUCAUCAGAGCACUGAUGAUCAGUGUGCCCUGAUGAUCUGUAUAGCCCCAGCAGUGCCACCUGCCAGUGUCCAUCAGUGCUCAUCCAUGCCACCUGCCAGUGCCCAUCAGUGCCACAUUUCAGUGCCCAUCAGUGCCACAUCAAUGCCACAUAUCAGUGACCACCUGAUCUGCCUUUCAGUGUCACCCAUCAGUGCCAGCCAAUGCCACCUAUCAGUGCCACCUAUCAGUGUGCAUCAGUGCUGCCUAUCAGUGCCAGUCAGUGCCACCUAUCAGUGCCAACUAUCAGUGCCAUAUAUGAGUGCUGCCUUUCAGUGCCCAUCAGUGAUGCCUGUCAAUGCCUAUCAGUGCCACCUACCAGUGCCUCCUCAUCAG